CUGAUAGUACCAGUCGACAGCCAGCAUUUGCUUGUUAUUUGACCAAAAGAUUGCUGCAAAGCCCUUGAUUGUACAAUGAGUUGGCUUUCCAUCACUUCGCUUCUGACUCUUCUUGCCCUGGCAUCAGCUUGGGACAAUGAUUACGAUGGUUUCUUGAAAAAGGAAUGUCCUCCUAAUGAUUCCAUCUACGAGGUCCAGAGUAUCCAUGACAACCAUCAUGAGGACCGAGUUUGGGACUGGAGAUGCCAGCCUUCUGGAUACGAAUUUGAAUCUUGUUCGUGGUCAGGUGAUGUGAAUCAAUAUGACGGGCCAUUAAAUUUCGAGUGCAGUAAUGGAGUGAUUACUGGUGUGGAAUCUACUAACAGCAACCACGACGAAGACCGUGUCUGGAGCUUCAAGUGCUGCACCAAGCCCAACAUUUGCUACUCAGAGUGCUCAAUCUCCGCCGCAGCAAAUGAAUAUGACGGACCACUGUCUUUCAGGGUCGAUCCUGGAUAUUUUUUGACUGGAGCUGAUUCCGUCCAUAGCAACCAUGAUGAAGAUCGUGUUUGGCACUUCCAUACUUGCAAGAUUGUUCCAUGUUAAACAACCUCCUGGAUUGUUUCUGGAUUGGAUUAGAUUUGGAUGACUUUUCUUUUGUCAGUGUGAUGGAGAAUCACAUUUAUGAAACGAAGGCAAUAAAAACGUUUUUAGCAUUA